AUGUUUUAUCCUUGCCUCACACCCCCAGUGGUAGUCGGCAGGGUUCACAUUCAGAAAUUACUGUUGCCGCUGUUCGAAGAUGUUUGUGAGGAGAGUUCAGAGCCGAUUGUGAUGAGGCUCAGUGAAGAGUUCCAACUCAAUCCGAAAGAUGGCAGUUUUAUUGAUCCUACUGUGAUUGACAAUUUCAUCAGUCACAGGUCAACCAAAGGCCUGUUACCAAAAGGAGAAAUAUUCAGUGAAUAUAAUGAUGAUCACAUGAACGAACUUAAAAUCAUUACCCAAGUUUUAAUCAACGCUGAAAACUUUGAUACAUUUUACAAAGCAGCUUGCUGGGCUCGUCAAAACGUUAAUUGUGGGAUAUUUAUAGAUGCCAUAUACUUGGCAAUUCUAAGGAGAAGAGACACCGAAAGAGUACUCCUACCAGCUGUAUACGAAGUCCUACCAAAUUACUUUGUUCGAAAAGAUUUCUUGAUAAAAGCCUCAACAUUAGUGAGCGGCGGAGAUACCUCAUUAGUAGAUGCACGAAUUGACGGAAAUUCAUACAUUAUAGACGUGAAUUAUACGGAAAAUUACUUUGACAACAGUAUAGAGCAGAUGACGUACUUCAAUGAAGACGUAGAUUUAAAUUCUUAUUACUUCUUCAACAAACUUAAAAUGUUGAAAUGGUUUAAAGAAGAUUUAGCUGAUGUGAAUAGUCGUCGAGGGCAGUACAUUUACCAAACGAUGAAGCAGUUGGAUGCGCGAUAUAAUUUAGAGAGAUACUCCAUCGGUUUACCAGAAGUAGAUACUCUAGACUGGGACACUAAUGAUGAAUGCAUUUAUGAUCCAAUGCUUAUCUUUUCAAAUGGAAAUGACUUUAGCAAACGACCAUCACCUGUAUCCCAAAAUGGUGAUACUAUCUUAAUACUAAAGAAUAUAGAACAUAGCGUCACUUCUACGAUAAACCAAAUGAGAGCAGCUGGAAGUGAAAAAACAGAAUUAUUCAAUUAUUUGAUAGAUGUCUUGGUCACGAGUGAAAAUAGUUUUGAAAACAUAGCCAUGAAAAUGUAUAGUAAUAUAAAUUUACAAACUGGGACAACAUCCGUACUAGGCCAUUAUAUAACUACGAUAAGGGAUCCCAUAUACUGGAGGUUGAAUAAGAAAAUUUUAAAAAUCAUAGAUAAUAACUUAAAAGUUUUACCGCCAUACGAAACGAACGAGCUUUAUUUUCCGGGAGUGGAAGUUACCAAUAUUGACAUUAAAAAGCCGUCAACCUCUUGUGAUAACUUUGAAUUUGAUGUUACUGAUGCGUUGAGAAAUAAGGAAAUUGAAACAAAUUUCCAAAUUAAAUUUAAUCAGCAAAGACUAAGUAGUAAACCGCUAACUAUCAAAAUAAGUAUAUCUUCAUUAGUUAUGGAAAAGGCUCUAAUUAAAAUAUACAUUGGACCUAAAUUUUUACCUGGUCAAUUCCCUGAGAGAAAAAAUUGGUUUAUGCAAGUUGAUAGCUUUGAAACAAACUUAAAAGUUGGCACUAAUACCAUCACAAGGUCAUCAAACGAAAUGAAUAAUAUUUCAGAUGGAUUUAUAUCUUUGGAAAAAAUACGCAAAUAUAUCCAAGAUGCUGAAUUUGGUAUCGACGCUUUACCACUGCGAACAGUAGAAUCACAGACAGGUUUUCCUUCAAGAUUACUACUUCCAAGGGGAUCUAGUGCGCCGUUCCAGUUAUUUGUUUUUGUAGCCCCAUUUGUGAAAGCUGUAGCUGGAGGUACUAGAAACUAUAUGCAAUCAAACUACGAUGCAAUAUUAUCACCAGGGUAUCCCAUGGAUUUAAAUAUCGAUAUACAAAACCUUUUCAAUUUGCCAAAUGCAUUAGUUAAAGACAUCAUUAUAACUCAUAAGAGUGCUGUUACGCCACAUUCAACGGACGUUAAUGGCAAUAAUGAUUGGCAAAAAGAUUAUACAGAAUAUAGAAAUGGGCCAACCAGCUUAGCUAGCACAUAUGCAAAGUCCACCUUAUCCUCAAAAAAUUUUGACUACAAAAGUAAAAGUGAAAAAUAUGGAAAAAAGGAUAUAGAUACUAAGCCUAGGCCCAUUAACAAUGACAUAGAAAAUACUUACAACAUUAAUACUAAUAUAAAAGAUAAAAACACUGAUAAUGCCAUAUCAAAUAAUUCGCCAAAAGUAAUAGAUCCAAUAGAAAAUGACAAUAGACUAACAGAAAGUAAUGAUGUUAAGACAGAAGACCAAGAUAUAAACAAAGAACACAAUAAUAUACUCAAUGAACAACUAAGUAAUGGUAGUGUUAUUAAAAAACUUUUCGAGUCUAAUGCCGAAAAUAAGAAAAAUACUGACGAAAUAGGGACCAAAACAGCUAAAACUGACUACGAAAGAAUUGUUACCAUAGAUAAAAAUAUUAAUAAUGAUUACUCAAAAAAUACACAAAAUGAUCAAGUGGUCGGACGUUCUGAUAAUGUAGUUAUAAAACACAUUGAGUCUAAGGACGGAAAAUAUGUGACAAAUAAUGAUGGAAUUGAUACCCCAAUAGCUAAAAAUGAAUACGACAGAGUUGUCACAAUUGAUAAAAAUAUUAAUAAUGAUUAUACAAAAGAUAUACAAGAUAGUCAAGUAAUUGGACAGUCUGACAAUGUUGUUAUAAAACAUAUAGAAUCUAAAGAUGGGAAGAAUAUAGACUUUAGCGAUGGAGUCGAUACCCCAGGUAAAAAUACGCACGAAAAAGUUGUUACAAUUGAUAAAAACAUAAAUAAUGAUUAUACAAAAGAUAUAAAAGACGGUCCAAUAAUUGGACGAUCUGAUAAUGUUGUUGUAAAACAUAUUGAUUCCAAGGGAGGUAAAUCUAAUACAAUUAGAAAUAAAUUUGAACCUGGGAAUAGUUCAGAAGAAGUAAUAGAUAAGGAUGUAAAAACUGAUUCUGUAAUGGCAAAAGGUUUGCAACACCCGCCACGUACGUCCUUCUACGACUAUGUGACGUAG